AGAGAGAGAGAGAGAGAGAGAGAGAGCAAUCAGACAGAGAGAGAGGGAAUAACGUGGAAAGUACUGAUAUUUAAAAGUAGGAUUUCUAAGUGUGUGUGAGAGACAUUUGGACAGAUGUAGAGAGAGAGAGAGAGACAAAGACAAGAUGAGGCAAUAGGCAGACACUGAAAAAGACAAAUAUAAAGUGAGAUAGUUUGUCUGAAAGAGAGCUGAACAGAUAGAGCAAAUCAGAACAAAAGACAGAAGGAGAGAGCGAGAGAGAAAGAGAGCUCUAUCUUUUAUUCCAGAGCUGAAUGAUCUAACAGUUUGUGUGCAGUCUCUGGGCCCCCCUCGGGCCCCUCUCUGUCCAGCCGGCACCAUGAUGGGCUUCCAGGUAGACGACGUGGAGAUUGACCCGGUCACUCUGAACCUGAUCAUACUGAUCGCUAGCUAUGUGAUCCUGCUGCUGGUCUUCCUCAUCUCCUGCAUCCUCUACGACUGCCAGGGCAAGGACCCCACAAAAGAGUAUGCACCGGACCCCCAGCCCAGCGCCACACAGACCCCCAUCAGGCUGGUGGUCAUGCAGGGGUCCCCUGCCACCCGCUGGGACCAAAACAAGACCGUCACCACGUACGAGGCAGAUGGAGGAGAGCAGAGGGAGAAGAAGACCACGCUGGUCUGACU